GUCAUUAUCUUAGCCGCCGGGAUGGUGGCCUUCAUCGGAGCGGUUAUCUGCAUCAUCGCAGCAGUCCACACCGGAUCCUCCAGGGCUGCCGCGACACAACAGCAACCAGCAACCGACAACCACUCGCUUUAUCCGGACGCGGCGGCGCAGAGCCCCGGCGCGGGGAGCUCCGUAGCCAGGGUGGGAUCUUUGGGCGCUCUCCAUGGUUCUGAAACGCCCGACUCAGAAGCACCAACCUUCAACAUCGGGCUAGGCGGGCUGGACGGGGUCACUGGACUGACCGGGCAUGACCCAACGGUCAGUCGACUCAUCUGCACGCCGAUCCCCGCCGGGGAGUGCAACCCGAAAAACUUUCAGCAACAAGCGGAUGACCCGUCGCUGUACGCGGGUGAAGAUUGGGGCUACCUCCGCACCACCGCGGAAGAGCUCCGGCAGACCGUUCUGCAGCAAAAGGACCAGAUAUUAACAGACCAACGGACCAUCAGAGAGCUGACUGGGAAGUUGUCGGAGUGUGAAAAGGGGAUGGACGGCAGCAGCAGCCGCGCAGACAGACGCGGAGGUGCUGCGGGGCUGUUGGGGGGCAAAAGCACAGCGGAGGAGACUCACCUGGAGCGGAUCAUGGUGCGGGACAGCCCGGCAUCGACGCCCGAGAGUGCCCACUUGCUCACCGUCAGGGCUGUGGAUGAACUGGAGCAGGCUAUCACUCAGCUCAAAGACCGCAUAGAGAAACUGGAGUCAGACAUUGGCCCAUUUCCUCACAACCAGACGGACAGCAACACCUCAGGAGUGCCAGAGGAAGGCGGGAUGUCUGGCGGCCCAGAAAGGUUGACUAAUCCUGGGCACAGAGCUGGUGCUGACAAGGCCUCGAGGAUGGAGGACUUGGAGGGGGAGCUGGAGAGGAAGGUGGAGCUGCUGGACAAAGAGAGAAAAGCCCUGAGGCUGGAAACAGAGAAAAACAGACAGGAAAUCGACCGGGGCAUCAAUAAACUACACCACCGACUCUCAGGACUGGAGGAAGGUAUCUCAGGGCAUUCUUUCCCAGAGGGCUACAGAUUGUCCUUCCCAACUCGUACAAACUACAUGUACGCUGUUGUGAAACACUCCAUCCCAAUGCUGCGGGCCUUCACCAUCUGCCUGUGGCUGCGGCCGGCAGAAGGAGGAAUCGGGACACCUCUUUCUUAUGCUGUUCCUGAGCAGCCCAACGAACUGGUGCUGCUGCAAGGCCUGCAUAGCCCCACUGAGAUGCUCAUCAAUGACAAGGUGGCGCAGUUGCCUCUAAAUCUCUCCAGAGGCAGCUGGCAGCACAUCUGUGUGAGCUGGAGCCAGAAGGGAGGAGCCUGGCAGGCCUACCAGGGGGGAAAGCUGAGGGGCGAGGGUCACACACUGGCAGCGGGACAUCACAUCAGACCCGGGGGAGUGCUCAUACUGGGGCAGGAGCAGGAUUCCCUGGGUGGAGGUUUUGACUCAUCCCAAGCCCUGGUUGGAGAGUUGUCCCAGGUGGGUCUUUGGGACCGGGUCCUGUCUUCCAGCCAGGUGGCAAACUUGGCACGCUGUGGCAGAGUAACCCAGGGCAGUGUGGCUCCCUGGAGCGAGAACGGAGUCGAGGUUUAUGGUGGAGCAACCAAGGACCCGGGGGAGCCUUGUAGUAAACACAACAGGAGUUCUCAAUGA